CAGGUCACGAGUUGGGCAGUGAGUGAGUCCCGUGAGUUGAUCGCCAAGGCGUAGACAGUGAACUUCUUCUUGUUAUGCGAUGUAGUAUUCAGUACGGAUAAGCUGACAUAUUUUUUGGGAAAGGAGGCGACUGCAAAGAGCAGAAUAUAAAAGGUGACGAAAGUGGGGUACUAGAUGUGAAUCAGUACUUAAACUGCUGUGCUGACAUAGUGGUAGGGAAAUUUCUAUGAUCCGCAUUUCAUGAGUGUGUAUGAAAUGUACAGCGCAGUGAACGCAGACAACGAGACUUACCUGGGUAUUGAAGUGCGAUACCCAAUCACACACAUUACGUGGGACCAAGGUCAAUAUACAAGCUAUGAAAUAUGCUUGCAGACCAAUGACAUGGCAUUCACAUCUCGGUCAUCAAAAGUGCGAAGACGCUAUUCAGAGUUCAUUUGGCUGAGAAAAAAGCUUCGCAGUCAUCAUAGAAACAGGAAACCACCAGAACUGCCUCCAAAGCGGUUAUGCUCUUCAAGAUUUGACAAAGAUUUCAUUGAGCGGAGGCGCCGUCUAUUGGAAGAAUGGUUGAACAAGGUGGUGAAGGUGAUGAUAUAUGUGUCGGACAGCACUCUACAUCUGUUCCUGCAGACGCCGCUUCCCGACCACGACAUGGACGAAUGCAUACGUGGCAAAUCGAAGAUGUCGGCUACGGAGUAUGUGAUAAGUCACGCCGGUCCCAUUGUGCACGAGGCAGACUCGGACGACAGCGAUGCAGGAUCGUGGGUUGACCUGGAGAGCAAUGACACGCUGUUCGCACUGCCAUCUAGUGACGCGACAGCGAACCUCGGCAUCGGUCCCAGCAUAGUAAACACCAUCGUCGACACGAGCGGCUCGGCAACCUUCAUCAGUCACACUCUUGUUGGCCGGCGCACCUAUAUGACGCGGGUGAUGAGUGCACCGAGUGACCUCGCGAAUCAAGGCUCGAGUCCCAGGUCCAUACUUCGGCCGGACGCCGGCUCGCCAGACGCCAUUUUUAAUUCCAGCGAGGCGAGCAUACCCUCGCGGGAGAGACGCGUGAAGUUUUCACCGACCGUCAUGGUGAAUACUAUACAUUCGCAAAAUUACGCGUGAUACGGUCGGCCGCGAGUUUGAGGCUGUCCCAGGGGUGUCUAAAGCAGUUUUUGUUUUUUUUAGAAGAAAUACAGCAAUACUUGUGGUUCGUUACGAAAUAUAGUGUAUUAAAAAUGUAAUAGUUCUUUUUGCAAGUGUUAUUUGUGCGAAAUCACAAGAACUGAAUAAGAUUAUAUAAGGAGCCUGCAAUCAUCUAUUUUAGACACCUUUUUUUAUACAAUUUGAGGUAAUGCUAUGACAACCUUAAAUAGACCGCAUCCCCACUCGUAGGGAAGUCAUGCAGAAAAUCGAUCUUCGUACAAGUUGUCCUCAUUUAUACUGCAGAUUUUUAUAACACAUUCCUGAUGUUUUGUUUGUGCUUGUUCACAUGAACAAAGGUAUUUGGAAUAACCGAAACUCGUUAUUGAAAUAGCUCAUCUUAUUUUUGUAAGCCUAUGGCAACUAUAGAGACGCACAAAUUCACGACAGCUCCGAGCUGGGACUGCUCUACAACUAUAGUCACUAUAAAAGUCCAGUGUCUUCAAGUCAUAGGUAGAAGAAAUCAAAAUAUGAUGGCGACUUACUCCCUAUUUUGUUCGACUCGGUCGUUAUCAAAUUGCUGAAGAAAUGAGCUAAGGAACACACCAUAGGGAGUCGCCUGAUCACGGGUAGAACUAUUUUGAAUGCUAGCCAUCUGUUCUUCGUGCAAUAGCCAAUGAUCGGAGUCGUCUAUCUAUUUACAUGAUUUAUGCGCACAAUUAGGAAAGAUAAUACCACCCACUCAGGGUUCUCCAAGCUUUUUCAUUAUAGCAUGGCGGGGCUGCCUUUACGGUCCUAGUUUUAGCAUUUUUUUUAGCUAAUUUUAGCAUGGCGGCUAUGAUA